AUGACGGCGGACGCUUCGGCUGCCCGAGCCCUCGAAUGGAAAGCUAAGAACUACAUGGAUGAUCUUCCAAACGACAUCGGUCCUUUCCGAGAGCUUCUGGAGAAUUACAGCAAUAUCUCACCUGAAAACGUAAAUGAGCAUCUCCAUUAUAUUCGCGACAAAGGAUGGGAUAUUCAUCGCUACCCGUGUAUAGGACGCUGGUCCUUCACCAACAUAAAAGGGCUAGAUCAUCCCUCAUUUCGGGCCAUUAUCAAGCGACUUAAGCAACGUGGCUCACAGGACACAUUCCUCGAUGUGGCCUGCUGCGUCGGACAGGUUCUGCGCAAAUUAGCUUUUGAUGGCGUCGAUCCAGCUAGACUGUAUGGGACAGAUCUCUCCCCGGAAUUUCUAGAACUCGGCUUUGAACUUUUUAAUGAUCGUGAGAAAUUUGGACCCGACUCAUUUGUUGCCGCCGACUUGCUUGACCCCAGUGAUGAAGGGUUAAAGAAGUUGGAGGGCAAGGUCACACUUGUUAGUGCGGGGAACUUUUUCCAUUUGUUUGACUGGGACCAACAGGUGUUGGCUGCGAGAAGAAUUAUCAAAUUUCUAAAGCCAGAUGUUAGAGAUGCGGUUAUCCUCGGAGGUCAAAUUGGGAGCUCAAAGCCGGGCAACUUCACUACGUGGACCGGAGCCACACGAUUUUUACAUGACCCCAAGACGUUCCAACUGCUGUGGGAUGAGGCUGGCAGGACGACAGGAAUAAAGUGGAAGGUUUCUUCAGCAUGGAUUAGCAAGACAACGAUUGAUAUUCCUGGCUUUCCUGAUGAGAGCCGAUACCUCGUUUACAUCGCUCGCCAGAUUGGCCCAGCGGUAUCAUCAUGA